AAAGGGAGAUGGUACCUCAGGGUGCUGCCCUGCUCCAUCACCACUGACUGAACAAGUGAAGAAAUCAUGAAUCAUCAGUCAGAGCCUAAAAGCGAAGCUUAAAUUGUUUACUAUUGCCGAUUUAAUUGUUAGCAUUGUUGUCUACAUUUGUCUACUUGUAGUCGCUAACAUUUCCGUAAAAUACUAGUAAAGUUGUUGGUAUUAACCUUGUAGAAGUGGUGGCCUAAUUUUGGGGCUUUGACGUUAGCUAACUAGCUAAACCAACCAAGCUCAGUUAAACUUGUAAACACUUUGUGAAAGAUGGCUGACAACGGAGCACACCCGACUGAAGAGGACCCAGCCGCAGCUUUCCUGGCCCAGCAGGAGAGUGAGAUAGCGGGGAUAGAGAACGACGGCGAAGGGUUUGGGGCGCUGGAAGCAGCGGAGGACGAAGAGCCGUCUCAGCCGGAACCGACUGUCAACUAUGACGGUUUCGAAGAGGAGCCUGCCACGGUGAACGGAGACCUGUUUCAGGAGUCCAAUGGCCCAACAGACAACUAUGCAGCCAUCGCCCAGGUGGAUAUUCAGAGGCAAGAGCCAGAAAGUUUACGCAAGUGGAGGGAGGAGCAGAAGACACGCCUUGAAGCAUUAGAUUCAGCAUCCAAGGCAGCAGAGGCAGAGUGGCGAGAGAAAGCCAAAAAGGAGCUGGAGGACUGGCAUGUACACCAGAACGAGCAGAUGGAGAAAAACAAGGCCAACAACAGGAUUGCUGACAAGGCUUUCUACAAACAGCCUAACUCUGAUGUUAUAGGCUUUGUAUCAUCAGAGGAGGCUUUCCUGGCAGAGAGCGAUGGCGACAGCCCAGGAUCUGAAUGGGAGAGAGUAGCCCGUCUCUGCGACUUCAACCCGAAAACCAACAAACAAGCAAAGGAUGUUUCUCGAAUGCGCUCUGUCCUCAUCUCUCUCAAACAGACACCUCUAGUUCGCUAGAGGGGUCCGCUGGGACCUGCCUUUCAGUUUUAACCUCACAUUGCAUCAGAAGAGUUUGUAUGCCCUUUUCCAUAAAAUUCCUGGUAUCUUUAUAACCUUUGCAAACUUCCCGCCUUUCUUGAUGCCUAUUAUUAUAUUGAAAUAAUAUACUUAACCACACUCUCUUGUGAGAAUAUGAAGGACUGCUCUAUUGUUACUUUGGCUGGUUACUUUUAUCACUGCUAUAAUUAAGAAAAUAUUGUUACUAUAAGUUGAACAUUUUACUUCCCCUUUUAACUUAUGAAUUAUUAUUAUUAUUAUUAUUAGGUCAGUUUUCUUGCAUGCCUCUGCCAAUAUUUUGGAUGCAGUUUUUAGUUGUUUUAUAAAUUUGCAUUUUGGUCAAUGUCAAACACUUAUUAAGCACUAUUAGAUUGUAACCACGUAUGCCUCUCCAUUAAUGUAGACUUAUCAACACAAAGUCUUCGUUCACAUUUGUUGUAUUAUAUCCCUGAUUACCAUAUUUAACGUAGCUAGCAUAUUUUUCUCUUCCAAAUUCAUAAGCUUGUGGCCUUUUUGAUGUAGCUCUUACUCCAGUUUGAGUAUUCAGUCAGAUGGACUUCCUCUACAAUUGGGCAAGAUUUCAGCAAAAAAAAAAAAAAAACUACAACCAAAGAUUUCUCCAAUCAUCUAAAUUUUCAGAGUUCACGAUUAAUGGUUUGUGCGAUUUCUAAUUUUUAGCCAACAUUUUACGCACCAUUUCUCUGUUACACAAAUAUGUUUUAAAUGUUUUUUAAAAACUGUAAUCAAUAAGGUGUCAAAUUUCAACAGUAAUGUCUGCACAGUGUUUCACAUGUUGCCUAUUUGGACAUUAUGAAUACUGAAACAAGUGAAUGUUAAAAGGGAACUGGAUAAUAAAAAACAUUGGGAUAUGAUCACCAA